AUUGCGAGGUCUCCGCAGUCAUGUCUGAAACGGCGCCUGCUGUGGCAGUUGCUGCUGCCGCGCCAGCUCCAGCCUCCAAGGCUCCGGCCAAAAAGGCGAAGAAGGCUGGAGCGGCCAAAGCGCGCAAGCCUUCGGGCCCCAGCGUCACCGAGCUGAUCACCAAGGCGGUGGCUGCUUCCAAGGAGCGCAAAGGCGUCUCCCUGGCAGCUCUCAAGAAAGCUUUGGCGGCUGGAGGCUACGACGUGGAGAAGAACAACAGCCGUAUCAAGCUGGGGCUGAAGAGCCUGGUCACCAAAGGGACUCUGGUGCACACCAAGGGCAUCGGCGCCUCUGGCUCCUUCAAACUGGGCAAGAAAUCCGGCGACGCGAAGGAGAAGGCCCCCAAGAAGAAGCCCGUCAAAGCCAAGAAGCCUGUGGCGAAGAAGGCUGCCGGGGCAGUCAAGAAGCCCAAGAAGCCCGCCGCUGCCAAGAAGAGUCCCAAGAAGCCCAAAAAGCCCGCGGCUGCCAAGAAGGCGGCCAAGAGCCCCAAGAAGGCGAAGCCUGUCAAGCCCAAGAAAGUGGCGAAAAGCCCGGCCAAAGCGAAGGCGGUGAAGCCCAAGACUGCGAAAGCCAAGACCGCCAAGCCCAAGGCGGCAAAGGCGAAGAAGGCGGCGCCCAAGAAGAAAUAAACCUCCGAUGACCCAUCCGUUCCUUGCUUUCAAAAACCCAAAGGCUCUUUUAAGAGCCACCCACUUAGUCUAAAAAAGAGCUGGCACGCGCCUUGGGCAAAGGCGAUCCCUCCUGGAGCUGUCCCUUGACAGGCUUGCAACAAGCCUGAAGUUAGCUUCUCGGGUGGUUUAAUUCCCAUAUAUUUACAAUAAUUGGAGGGGGGGUUCACUUUACCAUAGAAGGUAGUAGAAGAAGCCAAAGGUAGCCCCGAAAAAGCACAGUGCAGUUCAUACCUGAAUUGGGAUUUUAAUGUAUCUUGGGGAAGUAAUUUAGGCUUAGGCGAGAGGGAAACUAACGAGUGAACACAGCGAGUCAAGUACUACCUUGCAGAUGGUCAAAAGCGGUUUUUCUGCAGCUGGCAAUUUUUUCAAUUUCAAUUAAUCAUUGGGAUUCGAAUUGGGGAUCAGCAGCAUUCUCCCGGACAGGUGUGUGCGGGGGGGGGGGGGGGAGGCACUUUGCUUCUCUUCUAUAUUACAGGAGAUGUUUACAAUUUCGGUUUUCAAUGUUCAGUGAACUGAGUGGGACUCUUGAAUAUAAACGUGUGUAGGAUUGGGUUUCAAUUAGUUAAAUCGUUGUAUGGAAAGAACCUUCGAGUGUAGUAUCCGAAUCUAUUUCUAGCAUUAAUGCUUGCUGAAAGCCGCUGACAGAAGAAACAACGUACUUUUGGGGCGGGAAUGAGUACGGAUGAUCAUAUACUGCAAAGGACUGAAAUAAAGAACUUUU